UAAUAUUUUUAAAAAUAAUAUGAAAUAUUUUAAAAAUAUUAAUAAAAUAACAAAUACUUUUUUUAAAUUUAUAUUUCAAAAAAAAAUGAUUUUAUCUCAUAUAUGAGUUGUAAACAACCUUUCCUUAAAAAUAAUUUUUUCUCUUGAAAAAAAAAUUUCUCGAAGCAGAUAAAUAAAUAAAAAGUAUCGAUGUCUUCAUCCAUUAACUAAAACUUGAAAUGGACAACUAUGACUCGGGGUCAGAAAUGGGGACGUCACUUAGAAAAAGGCUUAUGGGCAUAUUCGUGACUCUGGGCAUAUGCGUUUCAUGGCCGAGUGCUACUCAAAUAUUCUAUCAACUUCAAAAACAGUCUUCUAAACCCUUCAAUGCUCCAGCAUUCGUAGCGAUCAUUUAUUCCACAACUCUUUUAAUGUCCAUAUCCGUUAUUUUCUUAGCCUGCAAUUUAUACACAAGGAGGUGCUUUGGCUUGCUAGUAAAGCCGAUCGCUUCAACUCUAGCGACUUACCGUACUAAUGGCGAUUCGAAUCCAUUGGGUACUAUACCUAGGAGACAACGAAGUUUCAAUGAAAAAAAGGAUGGUAAUAAUACCUCGAGGGACAGAAUGUUCGGGAAUAGCGAUAUUUUGAAGUUUUACCUUAAGACCUUAUUCGGACUAUCACUCGAUCCUCGUCGUAAAUCUCAAGGAAAAAGAAAAGCACUGUGGCGCUUAUGUUUUUUCAGCUUUUUAUGGUCCAGCUCUUUGUAUUUUUACCUGUUGGCUUCUUUUUUAAUGUCGCCUUCUGAGAUAACUACCAUAUAUUCGUCUCAAAUAUCGUUCGUCUACGCUUUUUCUUGGGUCAUUCUGCACGAAAAGUUUUUGGCUCACAAGAUUAUAGCUAAAAUGUGUUUUAUAACAAGCAUUAUACUGAUCACGCAUUAUCGUGGGGAUUUCCUGAGUUAUUUAGGACAUGUUUUAUUGAUCGUUCUUUCUUCGAUUUUGUACUCCUUAUUCAAAGUCAAUUUUAAAAACAUUUUCGGUUACUCCCCUCUCAUUUCGUCGCAAAAUAACCCCCUAUCUUCCCACUCUUUAGCUAAUCCAAAUGAAAUGGGUAAUGAUAUCAACAUUGGAAGUGAUCACAACAUCAAUAACGAUAAGACAUAUUCUGCCAAUAUUACAGUUGAUGAAGCCGCUAGAAGUUAUCUGCAAAUUAGUAAAAGAGACACUCAUUUAAACCAUUUAAGCCAAACUACGCUUUUAUCCCCCUUAGCUAAUAAUAAAAGCAAGAUAAGAAGAAGUCAGACUUCACCCUCAGCUUUUAAUUAUUUAGGUCACAAGGAUAUAUCAACUCGCUUAUCCCCUUUCACUCUUUUACUCAACAAAAUGGCAUUUUUCUAUUUUGUGCUGUGCAUCGCCAAUUUGCUAUUAUUUUGGCCGGUAGCCAUACUUUUUCAUUUCACCAAAGUAGAACGAGUAUCUUGGAAACGUGUCAAGUGGCUUCAUCUUUUGGCAUCAGCUGUAUUGCACACAGCACACAUUCUUUUGCUUGAGUUUGGGCCCUUGAUAGCUUGUUCAAAUUAUACGACUCUAGGAAUCUGUUUCAGUGUUAUAAUAAAUGCAGAUAUGUACUUCAAUAAUCUCAAUUUCAAUCGCAUGUUGCAAAUAUCUUACGCUUUCAUCUUGUUCGGAUUCAUACUCUUAUUGUUACCGGAGGAGUGGCACAAUUUUACGGGUAAAAUAGUAAGAGUUAAAAAGAUUAACGGAAACACAAAUAAUAGUGUAACAAGUACAAUACCAUCCAUGCCCCACAACGAACACGCUGCAUUUUCAGUAAAUCCGACCUUACUUGGGGCUCUGGAAAAAUCGAAAAGACCUACCACUUUACUCAAUCCCAAUACCAACUUAAAAAACACAACAACAUUAUUGCCACCUUCCACGACUAACAAUAUAUUAAGCCAGAAAAUAAGCUAAAAUAAAAGUAUUAAAUAGUACAAUAGACAUCGUUUAUAUAAAUGAUGGCAAAAUUUUUCAAAUACGUCAUACCAAAUUCAGAUCGGCGUUUCUUUAAUUUUAUGAAUAUUUCAUUUCCUAUCUCAAAACCAAUGAUGUAUAAUAUGUAUCUAAACUAAAUGCAUUUUGAAGAGUCGUUUAAUAGAAAUUAGCUGGCAAUAUGCCAUUUUGCUUUGAUUUGUAUUAGCACAUUUAAAUGAAUAGAUGAAAAGUCAGUAUAGGCAUUAUUAUAUGUCAUUGCCCAAAAUAAAGUGUAUGGCUUAAAUAAAUUUGAAAAGUUUUAUAGGAUAUUAUAGUCAAAAUAAAAUAUAUCGUUUAUUCUG